CCCUGGACUUCAUUCUGUGGAGGGAGUCGGAGGCUGCUGCAGGAAGCGAAGCUCAGGAGAUCACAGCCUGGAUAAGCUACACCGGGGACCGCUGUGGGAAGUUGCAUUUUUGUACAUAUAAACACAAGACGGGCAACACCGAUUGAUUCGUAUUCUAGAGCCUGUAGCGCUGUGCAAUGGAGGAUGGGAAGCCGGUGUGGGCCCCACACCCGAUCGAAGGGUUCCAGUUGGGCACCAUCGUUGACAUCGGAGCGGACAGCCUGACCAUCGAACCUCUGAAGCAGAAGGGAAAGUCCUUUCUGGCUCCAGUCAACCAGGUGUUCCCAGCUGAGGAUGACCCAAACAAACAUGUCGAGGACAACUGUUCGUUGAUGUACUUGAAUGAAGCCACACUCCUGAACAAUGUCCGUGUGCGCUACAGUAAAGACAGAAUCUAUACGUACGUGGCUAACAUCCUGAUAGCAGUGAACCCGUACGUUGACCUCCCCAAGCUGUACUCUCCAGAGACCAUCCAGCAGUACCGAGGCCGGUCGCUGGGCACCCUUCCUCCCCAUGUCUACGCUAUCGCGGACAAAGCUUACCGGGACAUGAAGGUGCUGAAGAUGAGCCAGUCCAUCAUUGUGUCAGGAGAAUCAGGGGCUGGAAAGACUGAGAACACCAAAUUUGUGCUGCGGUACCUCACCACGUCCUAUGGAACAGGUCAAGACAUUGAUGAAAGAAUAGUAGAAGCCAACCCCUUGUUGGAAGCUUUUGGAAAUGCCAAGACGGUCAGAAACAACAAUAGCAGUCGCUUUGGGAAGUUUGUAGAAAUCCACUUUAACGAAAAGAAUGCAGUGGUGGGCGGCUUUGUGUCGCACUACUUGCUGGAGAAGUCCCGCAUCACGCGGCAGGGCCAGGAGGAGCGCAACUACCACAUCUUCUACCGGCUCUGUGCUGGGGCCCCCGAGGACAUCCGGCAGAAAUUCUACCUCGGCUCUCCAGACACCUACAGGUAUUUGAAUCGUGGAUGCACUCGCUACUUCGCCAACAAGGAAACCGACAAACAGAUCCUUCAGAACCGCAAGAGCCCUGAGCACAUGAAGGCGGGCCCACUGAAGGACCCUCUGCUGGACGACCAGGGUGACUUCACCCGGAUGUCGGUGGCCAUGAAGAAAAUCGGUCUGGACGACACGGAGAAGCUGGACUUGUUCCGCGUGGUGGCCGGCGUUCUGCACCUGGGCAACGUGGACUUUGAGGAAGCGGGCAGCACCUCCGGCGGCUGCAUCAUCAAGAACCAGUCGAGCAAGCCGCUGGAGCACUGCGCUGAGCUGUUGGGCCUGGACGAGCAGGACCUGCGGGUCAGCCUCACCUCCCGGGUCAUGCUCACGUCAGCAGGGGGCGCCAAAGGCGCCAUCAAGGUGCCCCUGAAGGUGGAGCAGGCGAACAACGCCCGCGACGCGCUGGCCAAGGCCGUGUACAGCCGUCUCUUCGACCACGUGGUGACGCGCGUCAACCAGUGUUUCCCCUUCGACUCCUCGGCCAACUUCAUUGGGGUGCUGGACAUCGCCGGUUUCGAGUACUUUGAGCACAACAGCUUUGAACAGUUCUGCAUCAACUACUGCAAUGAGAAGCUGCAGCAGUUCUUCAACGAGCGCAUCUUAAAGGAGGAACAAGAGCUCUAUCAGAAAGAGGGGCUAGGAGUGAACGAGGUCCACUAUGUCGACAAUCAGGACUGCAUUGACCUUGUGGAGGCCAAGUUGGUUGGCAUUCUGGACAUUCUGGAUGAAGAGAACCGUCUACCUCAACCCAGCGACCAGCACUUUGCGGAGAUGGUGCACAGCAAGCACAAGGACCACUUCCGUCUGACUGUGCCCAGGAAGUCCAAGCUGGCUGUGCACAGAAAUGUCCGUGAUGAUGAAGGCUUCAUCGUCAGGCAUUUUGCUGGAGCUGUCUGCUAUGAAACGACCAAGUUCGUGGAGAAGAACAACGACGCGCUGCACAUGUCUUUGGAGGUACUGGUCAGCGAAUCCAAAGACCGCUUUGUGAGUGAGCUCUUCGAGAACUCCAACAACUCCAAGGACUCCAAGCAGAAGGCUGGCAAGCUCAGCUUCAUCAGCGUGGGCAACAAAUUCAAGACCCAGCUGAAUAUCUUACUGGACAAGCUGCGCAGCACUGGUUCCAGCUUUAUUCGCUGCGUCAAGCCCAACCUGAAGAUGGUGAGCCACCAGUUCGAAGGUGCCCAGAUCCUGUCCCAGCUGCAGUGCUCCGGGAUGGUGUCCGUGCUGGACCUGAUGCAGGGCGGCUUCCCCUCCCGUGCUCCCUUCCACGAGCUCUACAACAUGUACAAGCAGUACAUGCCAGCCAAGCUGACGCGCCUCGACCCGAGACUCUUCUGCAAGGCUCUGUUCAAAGCCCUCGGUCUUAACGAGAAGGACUACAAGUUUGGGCUGACCAAAGUUUUCUUCCGACCUGGAAAGUUUUCGGAGUUCGAUCAGAUCAUGAAGUCAGACCCGGACCACCUGGCGGAGCUGGUGAAGCAGGUCAACAAGUGGCUCAUCUGCAGCCGCUGGAAGAAGGUCCAGUGGUGCGCGCUGUCCGUCAUCAAACUAAGGAAUAAGAUACUCUACCGAGCCAGUGCUUGCAUCAUGAUGCAGAAGACGGUGCGCAUGUGGCUCUGUAAGAGGAAGCACAAGCCAAGGAUCGAUGGGCUGGUUAAGGUGCGUAAUCUGAAGACGAGGAUGGACAAGUUUAACGAGGUGGUGGCCGGUCUGAAGGAGGGACAGCAGGAGAUGCUCAAACAGAUCCAGGACCUGGACGCCUCCAUCGACACCCUCAUGAUCAAGAUCAAGAGCACGGUGAUGACGCGCAUCGAGAUCGACCACGAGCACCAGGCGCUGGUGACGCGCUCGCAGCAGCUGCUCAGCGCCAUGCAGAAGAAGAAGCAGGAGGAGGAGGAGCGCGCGCGCCUCCUGCGCAUCCAGGAGGAGAUGGAGCGCGAGCGCAAGAGGAGGGAGGAGGAGCAGCAGCGACGCAAACAGGAAGAGGAAGAACGCAAACUGAAAGCAGAGAUGGAGGUGAAGAGGAAGCAGGAGGAGGAGGAGCGGAAGAAGAGGGAGGAGGAGGAGAAGAGGCUGCAGGAGACGCUGCAGGAGGAGAUGGAGCGGCAGGUGGCGGCCGAGCGUGAGGAGGAGGCGGCUCGGCAGGCCAUUCUGGAGCAGGAGCGGCGUGACCGCGAGCUCGCCAUGAGGAUCGCCCAGAGCGAGGCCGAGCUCAUCCCCGAGGAGACGCAACUGGAUGCCGGGCUGCGCAGUAAUGGCUCAAGUGUUCCAUCGUCCCCAGAGCGAGUGAAUGUUCCUGCACAACCAAAGCUCAAGAGUUUGACCAUGGAAGAAAUGGCCAAGGAAAUGUCUGAUCUUCUCUCUCGGGGUCCCCAGGUGCAGGCCAACAAGGCUGCCGCCGCCAGCACCAAGAAGUACGAGCUGAGCAAAUGGAAGUACGCUGAGCUACGAGACGCCAUCAACACGUCCUGUGACAUUGAGCUGUUGGCUGCCUGCAGAGAAGAGUUCCAUCGCCGUCUGAAGGUAUAUCAUGCCUGGAAAUCAAAGAACAAGAAGCGCAAUGCAGAAGCUGAGCCGAGGGCUCCCAAGUCCGUCACAGAUUAUGGUCAUGUGCAUCUUCCGAAAAAAGCAUCCCAGCAGAACCCUGCUCCACCAAUCCCGGCGCGGCAGCAUGAGAUCGCCAUGAACCGCCAGCAGCGCUACUUCCGUAUCCCCUUCAUCCGACCGGGCGAGCAGUACAAGGAUAUGCAGGGCAAGAAGAAGGGCUGGUGGUACGCCCACUUCGACGGCCCCUGGAUCGCCCGACAGAUGGAGCUGCACCCGGACAAGCAUCCUAUUCUGUUGGUGGCAGGUAAAGACGACAUGGAGAUGUGUGAGCUCAGUUUAGAGGAGACAGGUCUGACACGGAAGCGCGGAGCAGAGAUCCUGGCGCGGCAGUUUGAGGAGAUCUGGGAACGCUGUGGAGGCAUCCAGUAUCUACGGAGCGCCAUUGAGAGUCGGCAAGCAAGACCCACCUAUGCCACCGCCAUGCUGCAGAGCAUGCUCAAGUAGAGCUAUGCCUGCACGAUAAACACACACCUAUAUAUACAAUACACUUAUGUAUAUGUAUAUUGUAUAUAUGCUAUAUAAGUAUAUAGCUAUAUACAUAUACAGUACAUAAACAGUCACACACAAACAUCAUACAGACAGACACGCACACAUAAAGGUCUCUUGCUAGAUCAAAGGGAAGAAUGCCGUUUCUAACAUAGCCAGGAUUCAGAAACAAAUAAUGGUUUGACUGGUGGGCAUUCCCAGUCAAGAAAGGACUUUUUUUUUUUUUUUUUUUUUUUUUUUUUUUUGUUUGUUUGUUUUUUGGUUAAUUUACUGUACGUGUUUUUAAUGUUGUUGGUCUUUUCAGCGUUCUGUUUGCAUCAUUUCGUUAAUUUCAUUUUGCAGUGAAACGGAUGCAGAGACGUACUUGCUGAUUAUUUCCGUCUUGUCAUGCAAACGUGACGCGCUCCUCAGUACGUCUACGACUUUGAACUACGAGGCCUUAACGACUAGUCACGACAGGGUAGUUGCUGGAGGUCGGCCGUUUUAGCGGCUCUUAACCUCCUCAAGUAGAAACGCAAUAUUACAGCAUCCCCCUCGUCCCACUCUCACGGCAACCCUCUGCAUCUGAAUACAGUCUGCAGCUCGUCUCCAGCAGACGUUUUAACUGGACUCGCUUACCGAUAAGCUGUUUACAUGUUCGCAUUUAUGUCUGAAGCGUAGCGCAGUAACGGCUCUGAACUAAGGGCCGUGAGUUUCAUAGGUGUAGACACGAUAAGCAUUCCAUUCUCUACCGCAGCACUUUCUGGCUUUAGCCUGUGCGGUGUGUGUGCAUCUGACUCCAACGGCUGAAGUAGUGCUCGUAGAUCUGUGAACCUCCCGUCUGCUUCCUCCACUGCUUUGGCCUUACUGCGUAAACAUAUACUGUAUGUUUCGUUCAAAUUUUGCACAUAUUCUGUUAAGCAGUUAAUAGUAAUAAGGACGACGAUGAUGAUUAAUAAUAUUAAUGAUUACAAUAAUGCACUGAACAAGCAAUGGAUUCCGAUUCUCGUUUUUUCUUGUACAUUUGAACAAUGACCUCUGAAGAGAUUACACAUAGAGAGAUAUCCCAACAGGGUUUAGCGCCAUUAAAAAAAAAUACAAGACUAUAUAUUUUUCUGAGCAUCUUUUGUACCAACGGUCCCCAAACUAUUCUGAGUAGCGGCUUCUUUAAGGCUUCACCCCGAACUGAAUGUACAAGGCUUCGGCAUAUCUCCUUUCCCAUGAUGACAGGUCUAAUAAUAGCAACAGGCGAAUGAGCAAGAACAUCUUAGAUGUGAUUUUUUUAGUGACCUUUUUCUAAACUUCUCCUAGAAGCACCCAAGUCCUCUUUGCACUGAGUUCUGGCAAACAGGAUCUCUACACUGAAAUGCACUGUGGUCUUUUAUCUGCAAGCAAAGCACAUGCAUCUUCUUAUGGACCGCAUUCAAAAUAAUGUGACAUGUAAAAUCCAUCAUGGAUAUAUGUGAAAAAAUACCAUUCCUUAAUGUAAAACCAAUCAACAGUGAUGUGGGUGAUUUGGUGUAUGCAGUAACACACCUUGUUAGACCAAAUGUGUGUACAUGUCAAUGUGCUGUCACUGACCUAUGAUCGGUCAUUUGCAAAAAAAAUGCAGUGUGUUUUUUUGUGUGUGAAUGGUGCAUGUCACUACAAACAUCACAGUGUACUCCCAAUCCCAAACUUAAAUAUUAUUAUGCAUUUCAUCCAAAUGCAAUUGCAUACAGUGCAUCCAUAAAUAUUUUAUAUACGAGUAUGACACAUGCAAAAAUGUCAUGUUUCUAUAGAAUUGUACAAAUGUAUUUUCGUGAUUUAAGGGUGUGGGCUUUUCACUAUGUUCCCUGUAAGACUCCAAAGUUCUUUUGUAUGUGCUGUAAAGAGUGCUCCCGAGGGAACGAUAGCUAAGAGAUACUUCAUGACCUUCCUCUCGCUCCUUCCUCAGACUGGAACUAGUGUCCUCAGGUAAGGCUGAUUGUGACUGCUUGGGUUUGCAGUAACCUUUCUGUUUCCUGCGUUAUUCCUUUCACUCGUUUGGUGAAUCGACUCUCGGGUCAGGUCGUGGCUACUCUUACCCAAAGUGUAAUGCGGAAAGCUGGCAGCCUAAUGCCGCUGUGCGUUAAAGGGGUUUGGCAGCUCAGUGUCGUGACCCAGUGUCUCUCCAGCCUAGCUGUGGGCACAUCCCUAUCUGUCCUCUUGUGUACUAGACAAACGGCAGCCGAGAUCCCGAGUGAAGGACUUGUAUGUGACUUGAGCACUGAAGGUGUGACUGCUGUCGAUUCUACUGGGUUAGCUUAUGGGGUGCAGUAACUGAAGGGGCUUGUGAUAUGCACUGUAAACCCACUCGUCUUUCACAAUCAUCCUUGAUUCUGCCUUUUCACAGUCUUUUCUAAUUGUGAUCUCUAACCUUAUGAAAUAAAUGCAUUCCCUGUUUCACUUUAA